GGCGUGUUAGUUGGACUGCGGAGAGUUUCCGAGAAGGCUUACAAGAACAAUGUGUUUGACUUUAUCUAGAGACAUCUUGACUCUUCGUCAAACACUCAAUCUUCUGUGUCGUGUAGUUGUCGCAUUGUAAAGUCGAUGUAAUGAAGAAGAAAUCCUUAUCGAUUAGCAAUCCGCGGAACAAAUCCGGACAAACAGGCCAAACACUGACGCGCUUUGUUCCCGACAUCCGCCAAGGUGCCCAGACCUGCUCAUCAGACAACUGUGAAUAUUGACAUUGUGUCUCUUGAAAAUAAGCACGCCAGUUUACUCGCAUAUCAUAUCAAUAUGAGAGCCCCUGCUCAUUUUUAUGGCAAUGGACGACCCUUGGGGCUCGCCGUGGGCAGACGAAACACAAACUCCACACCCUAUUAAGCUGAAGGAGAACGGCUUCGCAUUCAAGCCGACAACCCCAGUCAAGGCAGCAAGCUUGGCUUUGGAGCAGAAGACGAGUUCUCCUUGGGACGAUCCAGACGAUGAUGGGUUUGGAGACUGGGCUGUCGGAACGCCGGAGAAGAAGGAAAAGGGCCUGGGACUCGACGGGGCAGAUGAUGGGUGGACGAGUAAUGUUGGGGAUGGGCCCGGAUAUCGCUUUACAAUCGAGGGCUCGCACGCGCUGUCAGGCUCGUUGAACAAUGAUGCUGCAAUAUCUGAUGAUCGCACGCCGAAUCUGGGGCUGAGUCUACUUCCGAAGCCUUUAGGCAUCCUGCGGCAGCCCUCACCAGAUCCUUGGGCCAUGGACACAAACCAGGAAGACGAGCUCGCAGAGACCCUUCCUGUAACAGCCGAUAGACAUGAUAAGGGGGCCAUCGCUGUGGAACCUAUGCUGGAUUUGAGCCAUGAUGAGGAGAUAACCCAGGUUGUGUCUCCCGUGGUUGUGGAGGAUGGAAUGCUGGCUGGGACGAUUGGAAUUGAAGAUAGCCUAACUACGACUAAUGGUGCAAAUGUCAUUGCGGAGGAGUCGAGUAGAAGCAACGGGGGGAGUGUCGAAACUCUGACGCCCAUUGAGGUUCACGAGCAGGAUGGAGACAUUCAAGUGGCCCAACAUGUACCCUCAAGACCGUCAUCCUCUCCGUCAGAGCACAGUCGCCAUGAUGACACGACACAAGACUCGCCGCGCACAUCUCUUGACGAGGAACCAAAACGUCCUUCUGUGGCAAGGAAAGUGUCCACGAAAAUUCAGGAACUGGUGGAGCACUUUGAUGGUCUUGCUAAACAAGAGGAGGUCGCCGUGCCAAUCGUGGGUAGAAUUGGCAGUCCGGCCCGGCAGACGGAAGAUGUGAGAGAUGUUGAAGAAGACGAAGAGGAGAUGGAUGAAUUUGGGGAUUUUGAGAAUGUGCAAUCCGAGACCGUUGAACCGAUGGACGAAAGGAGAGCAGAUCCUCCACCGAAGUCGCCUAUUCAGGAAGACUCUAAGGUUAAUGCUCGUGAACCAGAGGCUACCCAUGAAGUGUCCCAAGCUCGGGUCGUACCAAAGGAUCUUGGGCCCGUCGAAUUUACCGUCGACGCAACUGCCCUUGAUCGAAUAUACUCUCACACGGAAGCAAAGCCUCCCCCAGAGAAAGUCUUCAUUCCAGACGUUGCCUCUCAUGAUUCAUUCUCUUCUACUGAGGAACGGAAAACUUGGUACAGAAUCUCAAGAUAUGGGACGAUGCGGAAAUACAACACCGGAGACGAUGAGAACUACGUACGGGUGAACUGGACGCAAUCUCAAGUUCGUGCAGAGACAUUGAAAACUGUGGCCCGAUGGAUAGAAGAAGACCGAAUCAGUGGCCGGGUGGUCCUAGGUGGUGCCAGCAAAGGGAGCUCUAUCUUUGGCUGGAAUGACUCCAAAGCUGCACCUGUACCACUCGCUGCAGCAUUUGCUAUCAAUAAUGGCAAGCAAAAAGCUGUGCCAGCAGCAAUUGAGCCGGUUGUGGAGAUCCCCAGAGAGUGGCCUAAAGGCCUUGUUCGAACUCGGUCAACGUCCAGAAGUCCCUCGCUAUCAAAAGCAAGGAGAAAGAGCUCGACUAAAUCCAUCACGACUGAAGAUGCAAAGCCACAAUUGUCCGUUGCAAAUUUUGGGUGGAAUGCCGCCCCUCCGAGCAUGCAAGAUUCAAAACCACAAUCGCCAGUGCACAAGAAGAAUCCCUCCUGUUCGAGUUCCGGCGCUCCACUGGCAGCAGGCAAGAUAGCCCCAGCUCCAAUACCAACUGCUAGUCGAGUUUCUUCUCCACUCGCAGAACCUACGAAAAGAGAUAUAGCAAUGAAUGGAACACCUCCCCGCUCGCAUUCCAUUGCUAAUACUAGCAUAUCGAUCCCACCAUUUCUCAAUACUUCAAAUAUUACCAACGACGAUGGUGAUUGGGGUGAAUUGGUUUCUUCGCCGUCAACCAGCGUUACACCAGCUAUUCCAUCACCAUCACCAUCAAAAUCACUUCACAAAACAACAGGAAACCUGGGCUCGGCAUUCCCACGAACAGCUCCAACACUAGAGCCAACGAGCGUACACUUUCAACCGCUCAAACUAGAGCAAACAGUUGAUAGGGCCAGCAAUUUUAACGAAAGUUUAUCACUCCCAACUACGAAUUCUAUGACCAUUAACACCACAAACACAUUUGGUCAAAAUGGCUUCACAACAUCCAGCAACCAUUACAUGGGAACUGCCUUCAGUCCAAAUGCACAAACAGUUCGUCAACCUGCGACAGCUGUAAGUGUUGAUCCAUGGGCAUCCGCAGAUUUCUCUUUCUUCGAGAGUAGCACGGCCGGUGUCUCGAAGGCACCUAAUGCUCCGAUACCGAAGUCCAUGCCGAAGUCUGUUACUUUUAGCACUCCUGCUGUGACGUCGAUCCCUCCGCAGAACCCGAAGUCAAGAGAGGAGAUCGAGCAAGAUCGAAUAGUGCAAAGUGUCGUUAAGGGGCUACCGGACUUGUCAUAUAUGCUGAGGAAAUAGCCCUAGGAGGGAGGUUGCUAGGUACGGGGAGUUUCAAAGGAGCAUAUACAUGAGGUUGGGUUGUCCACAUGCAUUUCUAGCGCGGGAGUAUAUUUUAAUGGGACAGACCCAA